UGUUGCUACGUUCACAUCACGGAAAUUAAUUCAGCGUUCAUGUUGUUAACUUGUGAUUUUUCAGUGUGUCUGUAUUGUCUUUUUAAUCCCACUGUGUUUUGGCUUGGCAUGGGAGGAUUUGGAGUGAUGGCUAAUGAGGAAUCUCUGGAUUAUUCCGUGCAUGAAGCGUGGAACGAAGCCACUAAUGUUUACCUGCUGGUGAUUUUGGUCAGUUUCGCGCUGCUGAUGUACGCCAGGAAGAAUAAGAGGAAGAUCAUGCGCAUCUUUACCAUGCCUCCCGCAGUCGGAUCUGCUCCGGAGCCAAAUUUCUAUGACAGCCUGCAGAAAGUGCGGCUCAGGCAGCAGUUGGAGAUGUAUUCUCUCUCCCGGAAGUUUGAUCAGCAGCACCAGCAGGGCCAGGCGCAGGAGUGUGUGCAGCUGUCGAUGGAGUGAACGAGACCUUACAGCUCUGUGUGAAGGUCAACUGAUUACACAACUGUGAAGAAGCUGUGUGUUGAUGCAGUGAUGUGAUGUUUAGGCAUGCAGCAUUUUGAUGACUUUGGCCAUCCAGAAGUCUGAACGUGGUGAAGAACGAACACACACGUCACUGCUAAAUUGUUCAGUGAGGGAGAGAAGUAACAUUUGUUCUUGAAUGUUCUCUUUUUAGUUGCAUAUUUAUUUAAAAAUAGCAAAAUGAGCUAUAAAGAAUAAGAAAAAUACCUUUUAUAUGACUGACGCAACUGAAUUAUGAGCCAUUGCUUCCACCUAGUGGUUAUUAUUAAGUAUUGCAGGUUCAAGUACGAGCAAGUUUCUUUUUUCUGUUUCUACAAUCAUCUUUAUAAAUGUGCAAAUACAAAUGUUAUAGUUGA